AUGAUCGCCACACCUCUUCGUUGGCUGGUGCUAAUGUCCUUCAUCAUUCUGACCAUCAGUGGGAAUGUUCUGGUAUGUCUGGCUGUGGGGCUCAGCCGCCGACUGCGUCGCAUUGCAAACUGCUUUGUUGUAUCUCUGGCAGUGACAGACCUCCUGCUGGGCCUGCUGGUGCUGCCCUUUUCUGCCACCCUGGAGCUGCGCAGCGGGAGCUGGCCCCUCGGAGGAGCCCUCUGUAACAUCUACAUCUCUCUGGACGUGAUGCUCUGCACAGCCUCCAUCCUGACCCUGCUGGCCAUCAGUGUGGACCGAUAUCUGGCCAUUUCUGCUCCCCUGUGCUACUCCCGGAGAGUUACCCCUCUCAGGGUGACACUGGCCAUAACUGCCAUCUGGACGUUGUCACUAGCAGUGUCCUUUGUGCCCAUCCAUCUGGGCUGGAACACAGCUGACUUCAGUGUGCAGCACUUAGACUGGGGCAUGGAGGAUGAGGACAAGGAGGGACGCUACUGCCAGUACGAAUGGAAUAACAGCUAUGUUCUGCUGGAUGCCUUUGGCACGUUCUACCUGCCUCUCCUGAUUAUGUGUGGGAUGUAUCUCUGCAUAUUCAGAGUGGCACGAGAGCAGGUUCGACGAAUCCGUGCUGCCACUCCAUCGUUUGCUCGUACGGCAUCGGCAGCAGCCACAGCGCGGGAACACAAAGCCACAGUGACCCUGGCAGCCGUGCUGGGGGCCUUUGUCAUCUGUUGGUUCCCUUACUUCACUUUCUUCACCUGCAUGGGCAUACGAGCACAGACAAACCCCCCUAACACACUUCACUCUGUGGUUCUGUGGCUGGGCUAUUUUAACUCGGCUCUGAACCCCAUCCUGUAUCCAGCCCUUAACAGGGAUUUCCGCAGGGCCUACGGACAGCUGCUGCGCUGCAGAGGACCGUCACGCAGGCACAUGCAUCUCACAUCUACUCGUGUGUUAGUGCAUAAACCAUUGCCCCAAACUAAUGGACAAAGGAAUACACAACCAGCUAAUGAAUGUACAGACACAGUUAACAGGGAAAGCUGGUCUGAGGGGAACAGCCUUAAUCUACAAGAGAGAAAUGGCAGCACCCCCACCGAUGAGCCAAGGUGA